AUGCAUCGGACAGUGUUGAUCUAUUUCUUGCAAAGAAGGCUCGAUUUGAGAAAGCUGGAACUUUACCAAAACUUGGAUUUGCCCCAACACAAAAGUCUUGUCUUGAAAGCAUCCUACAAGGCUGCUUAUCGCAUUGCCAAGCAAAAGAAGCCACAUACGAUUGGAGAGACCUUGGUAAAGCCAUGUGCCCUGGAAAUGGUCGAGCUGGCCAUCGACAUCUUAGAAAUGGUGAAUAGCUUCUUUGCCAAGCAAAACUUCGACUGGAAGAAAAAUCUUGGCACUCUGUGCACAGACGGAGCACCUGCGAUGCUUGGCAACACAUCUGGUUUUGCUGCCUUGGUGAAGAAAGAAGCUCCUCAGGUCAUCGUGACCCAUUGUUUUCUACAUCGAGGACAAAUCUUGAAGCGCUUGAUUGAACUUCGAGCAGAAGUUUCACUUUUUUUUAGAGAAAAAGAAAGCCCACUCUCAGAACAGUUUGGCAGUGAGGAGUUCAUUCAUGGCUUGGCCUACUUGGCGGAUAUUUUUGGCCAUAUGAAUGAGGUGAAUCUUGCGAUUCAAGGCCCUAGAGUCACCAUUAUGGAUGCUGCUGAAAGACUGCAAGCUUUUCUGGCCAAGCUGCCACUGUGGAAGAGCAGUUUGGAGGCAGACAACUGUGCAAACUUUCCAUUGUUAGAGGAAGUGCUUGUGCAGAAUGGAAUCGAGAGUGACAAGGCCCUGUCAAUUUCUCUGCAGGCAGAAUUCUGCAGACAUCUGGAUACUCUGCAGAACUCUUUCAAAAGUUACUUUUGCUCAGGUGACCUUAAAGUUGAAACAUGGAUUCGUAAUCCUUUCCUUGUCGACAUAGACUGUAUCAGUGAUGAAGACCUUGCCAAAGAAGACCUCAUUGACCUGAAGACAAAUGAAAUGUUACGAAAUGAAUUCAACUCGAAGAGCCUUGGAGAAUUCUGGUGUGCGUUGACACAAGCCUACCCUCGUCUGGUAAAGCGAGCUAUGGGUGCUCUGAUAUCGUUUGCUACUACAUACCUUUGUUUCUUGCCCACGUUCUGUGAACCGAAGGAUUGGGGCAGCCCGCCCACACUCGAGUUUCAGAAGGCUUUAUUAAACGAGUUUCCAGAACAACGGCUAACAGUUAUUGGGCAAGAAUCUGAGCUACAAGAGAGUAGUUAA